UGUCAAUUGCGGCAAUGAGGCAGAGGUCAAUCUCUUAUUUUGGACUUUUGAUCCAGUCUCUCCUGGUAAAAACCUUGCCUCUGGACAGCCUCUGUGGACAGUCAUUAGUUACACUCCAGCCGCAGACAUGACCACCUUCGACGACAUUCUGGAGGAAGCGGGGAAGUUCGGAAGAAGCCAGAAACGGAUCUUCCUGCUGCUGAGCCUGGUGUCCAUGCCCUGGGCCGGGGUGUACGUGGGUAUCGUGUUUCAGGGCUUCACCCCGGAACACUGGUGCCGGGACCCGGCGGUGGUCGAGGUGAGGGAGAGCUGCGGCUGGGGUCUCCAGGACACCCGCAAGUACACCUUGCCCCAUGUCAACACCUCGGACGGCGUGGUCCACAGCCAGUGCCAACGGUACGACGUGGACUGGAACGCCACCAGCCUGACUUGCGACGACCCCCGGGCCAACAUCACUGCAGUCACACCCAUGACUGCCUGCAAAGAUGGCUGGGAGUAUGACUACGAGGGAAGGGUGUCCUUUGUGACUGAGUUUGACCUGGUCUGUUCUGAUGCCUGGCUGGUGGACAUGUACCAAGCUACAGUCAACAUCGGAUUCCUAGUGGGCAGCAUUGCCAUCGGAUACCUGGCCGACAGGUUUGGUCGAAAAAUGAGCUUCUUGCUGUCUAAUCUUUGGAAUGCAGUAGCAGGAAUUCUCGUGGCCAUUUCUCCAAGCUACAACAUACUGCUUGUGUUUCGAACAUUGCAAGGCUUUGGGGUCAAGGGAGGCUGGAUAGCUGGCUAUGUUCUGAUCACAGAGCUGGUGGGCGUGGAGUACAGACGCACCGUUGGAAUUCUGUAUCAGAUGUUCUUCAGUAUCGGGAUCCUCAUCCUGCCCUUGAUUGGCUACUUCGUUACUGACUGGCGCUGGUUUAACGUGAUCAUCAGCGUACCCUACAUAUGUUUCUUGGCCUACUACUGGUUCAUACCAGAGUCUCCAAGAUGGCUCCUCUCUCAGAACAACUCAAGCAAAGCGGUGAAAAUUACUGAGGCAAUAGCCAAAGAGAAUGGAAAAACACUCUCCAAGAACAUUGAGACUCUCAAAGCAGACACUGGCGAGUCUUCGACUGCAUCAUUCCUCGACUUGGUCAGAACCCCGAAAAUGAGAAAGCACACAUUCAUCCUCAUGUUCAACUGGUUCACCAGCGCCGUGGUCUACCAAGGCCUCAUCAUGCGACUGGGAAUUCUGGGUGGUAACGUCUACGUCGACUUCCUCAUCUCUGGGAUAGUGGAGUUCCCUGCUGCCUUCCUCAUCCUCUUCACCAUCGAGCGCAUCGGGCGACGAAUCCCUUUUGCCACAGCAAACAUCGUGUCUGGGGCAGCUUGCCUGAUCACCGCUUUCAUACCGUCGAGUAUGUUCUGGCUCAGAACAGCAGUGGCCUGCAUUGGCCGACUGGGCAUCACCAUGGCCUUUGAAAUGGUGGUGUUCAUGAACACUGAAUUGUACCCAACGUUUGUGCGCAACAUGGGCGUGUCCGUGUGCUCCACGCUGUGCGACAUUGGCGGCAUCGUCGCUCCCUUCCUCCUCUACAGACUGGCCGUCAUCUGGCUGGAGCUACCGCUCAUUAUUUUUGGUGUGAUUGCUCUUAUUGCUGGGGCAUUGGUCCUAAUGUUGCCAGAGACCAAAGGUGUGCCACUGCCCGAGACAAUUGAUGAUAUUGAAUUCCCGGGGAGGAACAGAGAACGCCCCCUGAAAAAUCAACAGCUGGUGAAUCUGUUGCCCUCAGAUGUGACAACCAAUAAGGAUGCUAUGACUGUGUGAUGUAGUACUACUGUUCCACUAAUACUAGAUAGCAGAACCUGCAGAUCAUUUAUCAUUUUAUAUAAUAGGACUUUAGCUAAAGUGUUAGUGUCAGUAAGUGUGUAUCGGUUACUGAGUACCUACAUCUGUAUUAUUAUUAUUAUUAUUAGUAUUAGUAUUAGUAGUAGCAGUAGUAGUAGUAAUAUUGGUAUUAUUAGUAUUAUUAUUAUAAAGAUGAGAAUCUGUAUUAUUAUUAUUAUUAUUUAUUAUUAUUAUAAAGAUGAGAAUCUGUAUUAGUAUUAUUAUUAUUAUUAUUAGUCAUUUUUCUGCCUGUGACCUAAAUGAAGAAACCGUUUAUAUUUGAAAUACUUAAUUAUUUCUCUAUUUAUUUUUUCAUGUGUUUCAAGGGUUGUUUGUAAUAAUUUGUCAUUUGUAAUAAUUUAUACUAUUCAUACUUGUUGUAUUUGUAAAUGAAAUACACUCUGAUGUUUAGCACAAACCAAUAACAAUGAACUAUAAAUAUGUUAUGGGAUAUGUAUGCAAGCUGUCUGGAUAAUGUCAAUGGAAUCAGGCUGUUGCAAAGCCUGCCAUUGAGAAGUGCAAUUUUACAUUUAAAUCCUGAAGCUGGACAAAUAAAUAACCAUGAACCACAAGAUAACACCUUCAA